AUGAGCACAACCCAAACCUCCAACAGGCCACUACCACCGCCUCAUGAAGUGAUCGUCAUAUCCGAUUACCCCGACGAGCAAGAGCGGCUGCUGCAGCAAUGCAUCAACGUUCGACUGGCCGUCUUCUGCACAGAGCAAGGCUUCUCGGUCGCGCUCAACACGGAUGAACAUGACGCGACGGCCACGCACCUCCUCUUGCGGCUGACACCUUCGCUCACGCCGAUCGGCACUGCCAGGCUCUAUCAUAUACCUGGUACAUCUUACAUCAUGCUAGGACGAGUCUCGAUCCUGUCGGCGUAUCGCAAGUACGGCCUCGGGAAAGUCCUUGUGAAAGCUGCUCAUGGACGUGCUGUACGCGAGCCGUAUCUCGCGCCGCCCUCGCUCGGCGAGGCGUCAGCAGGACACGAAGCCGCCGUUGUGCUCCAGAGUGAGCGCACGGUUACGGUGAAGAUUGGCUCGCAGAUGUACUCUGUACCUUUCUACGCUCGGCUUGGCUACAUCAACGAGGGAGAUAUGUACUUCGAACAAGGUGCACCUCACCAGCCGAUGACCAUCACUCUACCGGUAGCCUCGCCGUAG